GCGGGGCUCCGGUGCUGUCCGGGGCCGGCGCUGUCCGAAGGCUGGCUUCAUGGCGGCGCAGCCGGCGUUCCGGAUGCUGCGGUGGCUCGUGAGGUCCGGCACCCGGGGCUGCAGCUCGGGGGCUCCGGUGACGCAGCCCCGCCCCGGGGUGGCCCCUCCACCCACCAGGGAGGAACUGCCCACCAGGCUGCAGUACCUGAGGGAGCACGCAGCCCCCUUCUCAGCCUUCCUCACGGACAGCUUUGGCCGGCAGCACAGCUACCUGAGGAUCUCACUCACCGAGAAAUGCAACCUCCGAUGCCGGUACUGCAUGCCUGAGGAGGGUGUCCCCUUGACCCCGAGGGCUGACCUACUGACCACGGAAGAGAUCCUGAUCCUCGCCCGGCUCUUUGUCAAAGAAGGGGUGGACAAGAUCCGGCUCACGGGCGGAGAGCCGCUCAUUCGGCCGGACGUGGUGGACAUUGUGGCCCGGCUCCACCAGCUGGAGGGACUCAGGACCAUUGGUGUCACCACCAACGGCAUCAACCUUGCCCGGCUGCUGCCCCAGCUCCAGAAAGCAGGGCUCGGCGCCAUCAAUAUCAGCCUGGACACUCUGGUGCCCGCCAAGUUUGAGUUCAUCGUCCGCAGGAAAGGCUUCCACAAGGUCAUGGAGGGCAUCCACAAGGCCAUCGAGCUGGGCUACAACCCCGUGAAGGUGAACUGUGUGGUGAUGCGAGGCGUCAACGAGGACGAGCUCCUGGACUUCGUGGCGCUGGCCGAGGGCCUCCCCCUGGACAUGCGCUUCAUAGAGUACAUGCCCUUCGACGGUAACAAGUGGAACUUCAAGAAGAUGGUGAGCUACAAGGAGAUGCUGGAUACCAUCCAGCAGCGGUGGCCUGAGCUGGAAACGCUGCCAGAGGAGGAAUCCAGCACUGCCAAGGCCUUUAAAAUCCCUGGCUUCCAAGGCCAGGUCAGCUUUAUCACAUCCAUGUCUGAGAAUUUCUGUGGGACCUGCAACCGACUUCGAAUCACAGCUGACGGCAACCUCAAGGUCUGCCUCUUUGGGAACUCGGAGGUAUCCCUGCGGGACCACCUGCGGGCAGGGGCCUCGGAGGAGGAGCUUCUGAGCAUCAUAGGGGCUGCUGUGGGUAGGAAGAAGAGGCAGCACGCAGGCAUGUUCAAUAUUGCCCAGAUGAAGAACCGGCCCAUGAUCCUCAUCGGGUUGUCCUCAAAGCUCCAAGAAUCCGCCCCAGUCAGUUCGAGCCUCUCCUCCCGGGAUCCCCUCCGUGUUCUGGGUCUGACACCCAGAGUGAGUUUUCCUAACCAGAUGGCAACUUGGUGGAAAGGAUACAGAGCCCCACAGACCCUUGUGGCUCCACCACGGGUGGGGUCCGGAUCCCCAUGGAGAUGCUACUGCUCCCACAAAGAUUCAGACACCAACUCUAAGUGCCUUAACCCGGGGUCCGGGGCUUCUGCUGCCCCUUCAGGACCCAGGUCAACCUCAGACAAGCUCACUCACGUGGACUCAGAAGGACGGGCGGCUAUGGUAGAUGUGGGCCAGAAGCCAGACACAGACCGCGUGGCUGUGGCCUCCGCGGUGGUCCUUCUGGGGCCGGUGGCUUUCAAGCUUGUCCAGCAAAACCAGCUGAAGAAGGGUGACGCCCUCAUGGUAGCACAGCUGGCCGGAAUCCAGGCAGCCAAGCAGACCAGCCAGCUGAUUCCACUGUGCCACCAUGUGGCCCUGAGCCACGUCCACAUCCAGCUGGAGCUGGACAGCACACGUCACGCCGCGGUGAUCCAGGCAUCCUGCCGGGCACGCGGCCCCACCGGGGUGGAGAUGGAGGCGCUGACCUCCGCUGCCGUGGCCGCCCUCACCCUGUAUGACAUGUGCAAGGCUGUCAGCCGGGACAUCACGGUGGGGGACAUCAGGCUCAUCAGCAAGACCGGUGGCCAGCGGGGAGACUUCCAUCGGGCCUAGAGCACCUUCUCCCCUCCCCCUUACCCAAGCAGCUAUCCCAGAGAUGAUGCAUUUGGGAUGGAUGUCAGGGUUCCUCCAAGAGCACCCUUUGUUGCUGAGUGGUUUACAAUAACCUGCAAGGCUUCCUUUGACUGAGGAUGUUGGAAGUCUUGAAGCCUUCCAGGACUCCAAAGCAAUGGAGCAGUUGCCAAAAAAAAAA